AUGGUCUUGAGACGAGGAGAGUCUACUAGCCGUGGUUGGCGUUCUAAAAGCAAUCAUCGUUGCUGCUUCAAUUCUCUGUUUAGAAACAAAGAAACUAGAUAUGUAUCGGAUUCUGUUUGUUCCACUUCUUCUUCAUCAGCUGGUCAUCGGAAACGGUCCAGCACAUCCGAAAAAGCAUCCUCUGGUUAUGGUUGUUCAGACCCUAAAAGACGUCGUGUUUCAGAACGUAGUAAAAGGCGGAAUCAUAGUUCCCAUGUAUCAGUUCCUAAUUUCAAUCAUACAACGAGCACAUGUAAGGCAGUACGUAUCUCUGGUGAUAAGGGCCGUCCUCGAGACCGUUCUAACAGUUCCUCCUGCAGUGGCAUCGCUCCUAGUCAUGCUACCAAACCUCCGCCUCACCAUCCAACUAAGCGAGAACGGCAGCGUAGUCCAAGUAUCGAAAUCCAUGAUGGGCAUUCAAUGCGCGUUCACUUACAUAAUGGGCAAUUUCCUGGUUCUCCGAGACUCCCUGACAGAGAUGACAAGCAAAUAGCACGUCGGAAGAGAGAAGAAAAGCGUCGCGAUGAAAAAGCACGAAGGAAAGCUAGUCAUGAGCAUCACAAACGCAAACCAUCUGCUAUUGUACCGGUCGGUGACACUAUCAAGCGACGCUUUCGAGUGGAGAAGAUACUAGGAGAGGGUAGCUAUGGGCAAGUUUUUGAAUGUUUUGACUUGUACACAAAUUCGUUGACUGCUGUCAAGGCUCUUAAACCUCAGAGUGAUUAUAGUGAUGCUGCGCGUCACGAGGUUAAUGUUUUAGAAACUAUUGCAAGAUUAGAUGCCAAAGAUCGAUCCCAUUGCAUAUCAUCUAUAGAUUUCUUCGAAUGGCAUGAACACUUCUAUAUUGUAUUUCCUCUACUUGGUCCAAGUGUUUUUACAUUUCUUGAAAAAAAUGAGUACGAACCGUACACCAUUGAACAAUGUGCAAUAAUUAUCCGACAGUUGUGUGAGGCUGUUGCCUUUUUGCAUCGAAAUAAGCUCACACACACAGAUUUAAAACCUGAGAAUAUUUUAUUUGUUGAUGGUACUUACGACGAAGUUUAUGUCAACCAUCGUGGCAGAACAGUACGGCGAAUCCGUAAUCCAUCCAUAAAGCUUAUAGACUUCGGAUCAGCCACUUUCGAUGAAGAUCACCACUCGACUACCAUACAGACACGGCACUAUCGUGCUCCUGAAGUUGUUAUGGAGCUUGGAUGGGAUCGAUCUGCUGAUGUAUGGUCUAUAGGAUGUAUUUUGUAUGAAUUGGUGACAGGACAAUGUUUAUUCAUGACACAUGAUAACCUUGAGCACCUAGCUAUGAUGGAACGUUUACUAGGGACUCUCCCAAAAUGUAUGACAAAGGUGUCCCGUCGACGACGAUAUUUCCGCCAUGGUCGGUUAGAUUGGUCUCCUGCUUCUUCAGAGUCUCGUUACGUUAGGAGAGUUCUGAAACCUCUUGGUGACUACUGGUUUUCUAAUUCUGACCUUUACAAGCGCCUGGCUUUCGAUCUUGUAAAAGAGAUGUUGGUGUACAUUCCGUCAGAACGAAUUACCUGUUCCAGAGCAUUAGAGCAUCCUUUUAUUCUUUCGUUUCAUAGUUGA